CCAACUUCAAAAAAGUAGUGCGACAAGAUUGACAUCAAGGUUUGGUUCAGUUGAGGUCUGGGCAGCGUUGAAGAAAGGUUUCAACAACGAGUAAUUUAUCAUUUCAUUAUGAACAGCGCAAAUACAUUGUUGUUUGGCAUUUUGAUUUUUCUUGUGACUGUGAUAAGCGUGCAGUCUUUAAAAUGUUACAUGUGUGAAGUUUGUAACGACCCUUUCGAUGAAAACGCAGCAUCAACGGUUUCGUGCUCAGGAUCAUGUUUAAAGGCCAAAGUUGGUGAUUUUGUGGUAAGAAGCUGUUCAGAUACAAAUAUAGGCGACACGUGUGACGAAAAAGACGGUAUUAAAGGAUGUUCGUGUACGUCUGACUUGUGUAACAGUGCGUCUGGAUUCAGCGUCUCAUUUCCUGUCGUCUGCAUAUCUGCUCUCAUCUUGUUACUACGGUUGUUCUAAACGAACAAACGAUUUAUAUAAAACAAUUUUUUAAUAUGCAUUUAGUAUUGUUGACGGACUUUUUUCUUAUAAACGUUUGUGUCUUUUUUUCCUGUCAUUUUCAGGUAUUUUCUGAGCAUUAAAUCAUUAGUGUUUCAACAAGGACAUUGAUGAAGAAAGUAUUUGCAAUGUAAGAUGAUACCUGGACUGUCAUAUUUCAAUUCAGUAAUGUUAUUAAGCUUGGAACAAAUCAGAUCAUUCUUUAAAUUAUAGUGUUCAUCAAUAAAAGAAAAUGUUUA